AUGAGGGAUGACUCUGUUAUUAAUGUAGAUGUUUCUGUGACUCACCAGCUCACAAGGACGCUCUGUAACACUCACCAGAACGCUCACCGGCUCACCAAGGACGCUCACCAAGGACACUCACAAUUUACCAACAACACUUACAGGACGCUCACCAGCUCACAAAGGACGCUCACCAAACGCUCACCAGUUCACCAUGACGCUCAUCAGCUCACCAAGGACACCUUACCAUUUACCAACAACACUUACCAAGGACGCUCACCAGCUCACCAGUUCACCAAGGACGCUCAUCAGCUCACCAAGGACACCACUAUUUCCCAACAACACCUUACAAAGGACGCUCACCAGCUCACCAGUUCACCAAGGACGCUCACCAGCUCACCAAGACACUUACUAUUCACCAACACCACUUCAAGGACGCUCACCAGCUCACCAGUUCACCAAGGACGCUCAUCAGCUCACCAAGGACACUCACUAUUUACCAACAACACCUUACCAAGACGCCUACCAGCCUCACCAGUUCACCAAGGACGUCACCAGCUCACCAAGGACACUCACUAUUCACCAACAACACUUACUAAGACGCUCACCAGCUCACUAAGACGCUCACCAAUAACACUCACCAGAACGCUCACCAGCUUACUAGGGACGCUCAACAGCUCAUCAAGGACGCUCACCGACUCACCAAGGACGCUCACCGACUCCACCAAGGAUGCUCACCGAUCUCACCAAGGACGCUCACCAGCUCACCAAGGACGCUCACUGACCUCACCGAGGACGCUCACCGACUCACCAAGGACGCUCACCGACUCCGCCAAGGACGCUCACCGACUCACCAAGGACGCUCACCGACUCACCAAGGACGCUCACCGACUCACCAAGGACGCUUACCGACUCACCAAGGACGCUCACCGACUCACCAAGGACGCUCACCGACUCACCAAGGACGCUCACCGACUCACCAAGGAUGCUCACCGACUCACCAAGGACGCUUACCGAUCGCCACCAAGGACGCUCACCGACUCACCAUGA